AUUUAUUUAUAUGGCAUGCUACUCAUAUCUGUUGACGCUCUCAUGGUUGCAAAUCUAUCAAUCCAUCCCCAUUCCCCCAUGCUUUCUCGCUUCUUAUUUUUCGGACAUCGAAAUCCGAUCUAUCUAGCGGAAAUCCAUCGCUUGGCUACAGAUACCCAGCCUACAGACAAACCUUGGCGAGCUGCCCUGCAUUUCAAGCUGAUGGGGAUAAAGGUUUGGCCCCUGUAUUCCGGGGCAUCCCGGUAGAGCGGCAGCCGGAUGCUCUCUUCCGUACCGUUGCUUCGGGGGCGUUUUGGGUCCGCUCCGAGUUUUGGUGCCGGCACUCUACAUACAUCAUACGAAAGCACUUCAGUUCUUUACCUCAAGUCUCAGCACACAUUCGAUCGCACAGGGAAACAAGGACCUCACCGAAAGCUGGUCACUUCCAUCGAAGCAUAUGAAACCCACCCGUUCAUCUUGAUACUACCUAGCCUUACCCAAGAUACUUGACUACCUUACCUUACCUACUGUGGUGACUGACUAACCGUGGUUCCCUGUAUAUAUACUUGAAUGGCGUGCCAUGAAUCUCAACUCCCAACUCCAACUCCUGGCAAAGCAUAACAUCAUCCCCAGAUUUUACCCGUCCAAUCAGACACUCUCCAUCACAAGCUGAUCAGAAACGAUGUCCUCCUUCAGUCUUUCUUAUCUUCCCUAGCCUCUCCGCCACCAAUCAAGACUCACCAAACCCAUCAAAUCAACACAAAUUACACUUGGUCAUGUAGACAAGGUUUGUGCACCCCUCCCUGCCCUCUACUCUACGUACUGUCCAUAUGUACAUACCGCUAUCUCUGUUAGCCUCACUCCUAUCCU